UAUUCUCAGGUGCAUACACAUAUACAUAUAUGUAUUCUCACACACACACACACACACAUACAAAUGUAUGUACAUAUAUACACGCACUUACAUGUGCACGUUCAAACAACGUGAAGAAGAAGAUAAAAAGAACAACAACAAUUCUCUCUAAAACAAAAGACAACCAAAAAUAAUCAGUAGAUCUCAGACAGGAACAGAAUUAAGAAAAACAUAAAUAAAUAAAUCUAAAAGAAAAGAAAGAAAACAUACCUAAAAAGAAAAGAAAAAGAAAAUGCAAACAAAAUUGAAGAAAGAAAGAAAGAAAGAAAGAAGGAAAGAAUUAAACCGAAAUUCUUGACGCUCUUCAACAAAAGAAAUUAAGCCAUUAUUAUUUUGUUCCUCAACUGAGCAUUUCUGUUAGUUCUGCACAGUAGUUUCAACUCUGGCAGAAUAGCACUGCAACGCAACAUCCAUCCCAGCAGUCGACACUGAAACCAUUUUUUUUCUUUGUUGUUGUUGUUGACAAACUUUGUCAGACAUCCUAUUCUAUAUAUCACUCUUUGGUUUCUCUCUCACUCUCUCUGUCUCUCGAAGACAGAACACUUUGAAAGAGUCUGCUGCUGCCCCUUACCCACUUUCUUUUUUUAUCUCCUCUUCUUUUUAUUUCCUGGUCUCCUGAUAUCUUCUGAUAUCCUCAUAUCUUUGAUAUCAACUUACUACGUCCUUUUGAUAACCCCCUGAGAUAUCCCUUGGCUGUAGCUACCUAUAUCAAUUCUUAUAUAUAUGCACGUAUAAGAAUUAGAUCCUAUAUAACAUAUCCUAUAUUAUAUAUUACCUUGUAGCACUUUACACAUUUACAUACAGCCCUUCACACUUAAAAUCUCCCGUGGUCCCUUCUUAAAGAACAGCAGACAUAACCUCCUCAGGGAUUUUACAGGGAUUUGGUUAAAGUGAUUAUUUGAUACUAUCAAUUUAUUAUCUGGAGGCAUGGCUGCCAAUGCUCCAAAAGGAGGGCUUACUGCCCCUACCAAGCCUGUUAUGCGAAGCGCCAGUGCCAUUAAACAGAUGUUAUUGGAAUGGACUAAAGCUAUGACACAAGAAUAUGCUGAUAAAGUUGUGAUCACAAAUUUCUCCAGCAGUUGGUCCAAUGGAUUAGCAUUCUGUGCCCUUAUUCACCACUUCUACCCUGAAUCUUUCGACUUCUAUGCCUUGGACCCUAAAAAGAGGAGAUAUAAUUUUGACCUGGCAUUUCAGACUGCUGAGAAAUAUGCUGACAUUGCCCCAUUGCUGGAUACAGAUGACAUGGUAAAAAUGCAGAAACCUGACUGGAAAUGCGUGUUCACAUAUGUGCAGAGUUUCUACCGAAAACUUCAGAAACAUGAGAGGAACAAAGUAAUACCAAAAGCAUGAGAUCAACCCAUCAGCAUUUUAAUCAGGCUUAGCCCCUCCCUCCCUGUAGCUGUGGAGAGAAGAUGAAUGAAAAGUAAUGAAAACUGCGGAGGGGGUGGGUUGGGGUUGGGGUUUUUUUUUUAUGGGCUUGCAAUUAAGGGUUGGUUGGUUGGUUGGUUGGUUGGCUUGUAGAACUGCUUGCCUUAAGGAUCACUUGAAAAAAGAAAAAUUUGUGUUUUUUCAAGGACAAGAGAAAAACAAAAGAAAGAAAAAUAAAAAAAAUUAAAAAAUUUUUUUUGUCAAUUUGUUUUGAAAUUUUAACUUAUAAAAAAGAAAACACAAACCAAAAAAAAAAUGAACAAAAAAAAUAUAUUUAAUAAUAAUAACGAUGAUGAUGGUGAUGAUGAUGAUGAUGAUUAUGCUUUCACGAAAUCGGACAGCUUUGUUAUUGAACAAUUACGUUACCGCUGUUUUUCUGAGAGAAUUUCUGCUGGAGCUUAGUUUCAUAAGGUUUCUUGUUUGUUAAACAAUAAAAGCCAGUGUUGCCGUUA